UGCAACUGAAAAUGAAAAUAAUAUUGAAAAAGAGGAAGUCAACAAAAAUCUCCGCUGACCUUUUUGUCCAGUUUCCCAAAUGAAAUGGAAUUGUUUAUCCACCACAUUCUGACUCUUACACUAACUUUUUGUUGCUCUUUAUAUCACCUCAAUAGACAUCAGAAAGGUUUUUGGAUUUAAAGUGUUUCUGCCAAAACGUUUUGCAGCUGCUGUGUUUUUCCACAGGUCACAAAGGUAUUACAUCACAUUAACAUGCUUGCAGUGAUGGUCCUGUCCUGACGUUAAUUAUGAUGUUUAAGAACAACACCAUCAUAGUGAUUUCAAAUAAGCCUCACGUUUCAAAUUCCUGGUUAGUACUUCAUGUACUUCGUAUUCAAGCUAAACUGAAUUUGUCUCAUCUGCCACUUUUCUUUCUGCUUUUUGCCUUCAGGUUCCCAUUCAUUUUCUCUCACAAGAGAUCACAAUGAUUCAAAUUCAUGCAAACCUCAGACAUGCCACCUUUACACCAUGGAAACCACAGCUAAGAGAAGGAUUAAGUCUCUUUUAAGUCUGACUACUCAACAUAUUUGGGCUUCACAAGCAUUUGAGGGAUCUGGCUUAUGUGAAGCUGUGCAAACUUAGAACCCCGCAAGACUGGAAAGAGAGGGAGGAGAGGAAAAAGAGUGUGUGUAUGGAAGUGGAAAUGGGCAGCAGGGAGGAGGAAUGUAAAACAUCUGAUACUAGUCCAGUUGCUGUUUACACAGUAGUCAGCCCGUGACAUCAGCGUCCAGACUUUAUAAAUGUCAGGCGGUGCAAGAAGGAGCAGUUAGCAAACAGCUGCACUGGUCACACCACACCGUCACACAGUUCACUGAGACAGACCGAGCUCCAUCAGCAACACAAGCCCCCAUGGACCGACAACUGUGUGACUGUGUGAUUGCUUUGGCUGUACUGCUGUGUGUGACUACACAGGUGCUGUGCCAGUUGUGUGACAGGCCAUGCCUUUGCCCCAAUCCUGUCCCUCAGUGCCCCACAGGAGUACCCCUGGUGCUGGAUGGCUGCCGGUGUUGCCAGGUGUGUGCCCGGCAACUAGGCGAGUCCUGUACUGAGAUGUUUCCCUGUGACAACCUGCGAGGGCUUCAGUGCGACUACAGCGCCAGCUUCCCUGGGUUACCUGGGGAGUGUGUCAGUCAGAAGGAUCUGGGCUGUGAGGUCAGUGGGAUCUUUUACCAGGAGGGGCAGUCGUUCCAGCCCUCCUGUGACACUUACUGCCGCUGCAGGGGGGGCGGGGUGACCUGCGUGCCAGCUUGUCCACUGAAUGCUCGUCUUCCCACUCCAGACUGUCCCAACCCACAAUACAUCCGACUACCUGGGAAAUGCUGCAAGGAAUGGGUGUGUGAAAACCUUGAAAACACGGUCAUUCAGGAUGCAAUUACAGCAAUGAAACCGGAUCAGUUAUGGCCAUCUUUGCAGAGGCAUCACCUUCAAAACAACAAGUUUUCGCCUGCCUCCUCUUGUGUAGAGCAGAGCACCCAGUGGAGUGCCUGUUCCCAGAGCUGUGGGGCGGGGGUCUCCACACGGGUUUCUAACCAGAAUCCUGCAUGCAAACUGGAAAUAGAAACUCGCCUGUGUAAGGUGCGACCUUGCCACACUUUCCAGCCGGCCCCAAGGAAGCCCAUGUGGGGACAGAAAGGAAAUUGCAAGGCCAGCUACACGUCACCGGGACCCAUUCGGCUAGUUCACCAGGGCUGCUACAGCACUCAUGCCUACCGAGUCCGUUACUGUGGUCAGUGCACUGACUCGCGAUGCUGCACACCUUACCAAACCAGCACUGCUGAGGUGACCUUCCGAUGUCCCACUGGCAGACUGCUGCAACGAGCUGUAAUGAUGAUCCAGUCAUGCGCCUGUCAUAAUAACUGCCCCUAUGCACCUUUUACAAAUCCCGCUCUGUGGGGAUACAGACCCUGAUCAGUGUGUAAGAGCACGGACUCACUAAAACUAUAGACUUCAGUGAAUGUUUCAAUGGCUUCACAAUAAAAGUAUCCCCAGGUGGAUUGACGUAAACAACAAAUGGACACUGAAAGAGAAUAUUAUUAUUUUAGAAAACUGUGAUUUUGGAUGAAUAUGUCUGCACUUAUUUACAGCUCACAACUUCUGGAAAGCAUCAUUCUGCCAGUUUGUGACUUCAUCUGAGAGUCAAUAGAAAACAAGUAGACGUGUUUUACAAGAAAGGGAGAAAAGAAACAUAAAUGUAGGAGAGCUAGGGACUGUAAUAUACAUGUAUAACUCACAAAGUAAGUUCUAGAAAUACUUUUACAAAUAACUUUCAGAUGUGCACUGAUUUGGUUUCUUUUUUCCUCCCAGAAUUGUUCAGUACAGUGAUUCCCAAUAAUGUUUCGCCUUGGAUAUCAAAAGCAAUAUUUUAAAAUCACUGAAAACAUCUUGCCUUUUCCCAAAUCUUUAGGCUAAAGUUAAACACUACGUAGAUAUACUAUAAUUCAGUUUUGGGAAAAUGGAUCAAAUUAAACUCAUCCAAUAUUGUUGAAAUCUGGCCUGUAAAAAGAGAAGCAUGUCACCUAAAAUCUAUAUUAUAACUUAAAGACAGUUGACCAUGAUGUCAACUGGUCAUGAACAUACUUUUAAAGACUGAUUUUUUUAUUUCUAACUUGUAACUUGUGUCUAUAAAUUCAACUUUCAGUGAUGUAGAAAUAUGUAUUUGUUAAAGACAUAACCCACAGAACGAUUACAACUUUUGUAAUGACAAUUUCUAGAUAUUCUCUGACGUGAGCAAUGCAGCUUUUAACUUUUGAACUGUGUGUGUGUGUGUGUGUGUGUGUGUGUGUGUGUGUGUGUGUGUGUGUGGCAUAAUGGGAUUACAUUGCACUUUCAUUUAUUAUUCUGAUGUAAAUAACUGUAAAGAGGUGUCUCGUGUACAGUGAUUUUUUUAAAGUAUGCCCUGUAUUUUUACUCCCACUGGAUUUUGUGCUUUUUGUGGUUAUUAUGUUUGUAUAAAUAGUUACAUUGUUCAAACUGUAGCUUUUAAUUAUGUCACUUCAUCUGUCAUGACUUUCUGCUGCUGAUGAGCUGUUAAAACUUGCUUGUAGCACACCAAUAUACACACUAAAAUCAACAAGAAAAUCCUUUUGCAGCUUUGUGGAUAAAUUUAACUUUUAAUAACUCUUAUUAUGAUACUGGCUUAAUGUGUUAUAUUUCUUUAUUGUUCCUUUAAGGGUUUUUUUCAGUCUCACUUAAAAAUACCUAGUAUGCUUAGAAAGCUACAGUGGUGGAUAUAAGGAUGUUGUGGGUUCAUGAGCAGCUGAA